AGUAAACAUCGACUGUAUUUUGUAACGUUCCACACGUUUGCGCGCUUUAUUUUCAAACCCCAGUCCUAGGCGCAACCUGGCUGAUUGUGACUGACGUAUUCACCCGAUAGAAGAUACCAGCACAUUCAUCGGAAUUAGGUCCACCUGUACGAUAAUCAGUAGGUGCGGUAUCGUAAAAUAUGUAAUUUUUGGUCUUUGUUGCUAAAUGGUGGUUCCGACUGCGACUUUGCUUAUGGUUAGCCUUUUCCUGGGCAGACAAACACAAUCGUCAUUUUCUGUGUAUAUUUUCCCCUGGUCAAAUCGCUUCGCGUUGCUCAAAAUAUGGCGGGGAAAGUCUUUACCUUUACUUCCGGUAACGGCAGCUUUCGUUACGUUGCGGUUAAGGAGCUUGGCAAGGGAAGCUUCGGUGAAGUGUUCGAAGCCAGUGAGCAAGUGAACAGUAAGCCCACGGGACGGUCGGUAGCGAUUAAGCAGUCAUUUUACCAUGGAAAUGGAAUCAGUAGCGAGUAUCUGCGCGAACUCAGAGAAAAAAUGGAUAACAACCAUGUACGGAUAAAGCGCAUCACUAAUCCCCAUGUUACUAGUUAUCACCAUGUAAAAAUGGAAGAAAGUGUAGGACUGGAAUUGUCUCUGACAGUCGUCAUAGCCAUGGAAUACUGCAAUCUUGGAAAUUUGGAGAAUUUCACAAAAACGCAUAAACUAUCAAAUGGCGAAAUCAAGGACAUUAUUAAACAGGUUCUGAGUGGUUUAGUCGCCAUUCACGAACAGGGGAUAAUUCAUACAGAUCUGAAAACCGCUAAUAUCGUACUGGCAUCGGACACCCACUUCGCAUACGGACGCGUCGUCAAAAUUACGGAUUUAGACGAUCACGUUGGCCUUGCAUCCACGGUUACACGAGUGAACGAAGUAACCAAUAAAAGAGGGACCAUCAUCUUUAUGUCACCUGAAAUGCUGACCGGAGGUCACAAUGGCUACCAGAUCGGCCGCCGGACGGAUGUAUGGAGUAUGGGUUGCGUUAUCGUUGAAUUGUACCGAAAAGGAAAGGAUUUUUUGUUUGUCAAGAAAAUGACCGGAAUCAACACACCGGUUGAAAUGCUGAAUGCUCACCGAGCUCGUGAGGAAGCUAUCUGCUCUUUCAUCACAACCGGUGGCAAACCGGAGAUUCCAGAGGACAUACCUGACCUUUCUAGGACCAUGGUGCAGAAGUGCUUUGAAAUUGAUCCAAAGAAACGUAUUAGCGCGAGCGAGUUGUUACAAUCAGGCUGGUUUGAAGAGCCGACAGUAGUGCAAAUAAAUCAAGCACCUGCAGGUACCAGCAAGAUGGAGUUUACGCUGAGUAAUGGAGAACGAAUUCCUCCCCCGGACGACGAGCUGAAAUGGGAUGUCCGAAUGGCUUGUGCCGCGCGGGUUCUGGUGCAUCACACGAACACCACCCGCUUCCCAUAUCAACACCCGAGUUUUUACAAAGCCGAAGUUGAUCUGGUCAGAAAGGUCAUUGAACCCCGUCAGCCAUUAGACCCCAAGUUCCACGAAUGGAUGGCAAAGUUAUUGGACACGAAGGGACCGCUCGCACACAGUCUUAAUCCGAUAACGAGAUUAAUCCACAUGAUAGUGCAACCCACAGGGCCGCGAAUGUCCGCGCUGUUGACCACCUUCUUACCGACAAUUGGCCCGUCGUUCCCCGCCAUUGCCGAAUGGAUGAAUCGGUACACAACCGACUACGAAUACGUUUGUAAAGGUCAUGCCUCCUGGCCGGAUAUUAAGAAGCUGAUUGACAAGAAAGAACCGGUUAUUGCACAAGUCCGCUUGUAUGACCUUCCAAUGGGUGAUAUGGUGAAAACGAUUGCUGAAAUGGUGGGGAUCGGUGAGCAUUGUCCUCCAACAUUUCCUUACAUAUGUGCAAAAAUACUGCGGGGAUACGAAGGGAGCAAAGCUAACGGGGAGCCAGCAACGGUGAUCUACACGAAUCCGGAUGGGAAAACAGGUAUGAUGGAGUUCGAGGAGUUCAAGAAAGAAGCGGAUUGGACACCUUCGCAUCCGCUUCUCAAAGAAGUGUUCGACUUGGCCGGCUAUGAACCCAGGCAAAUUAUCUAUCGAAUCCAGAAAGUUGCAGGUAUGGAAGAAAUUGGGUCAACGGAUAAUUCCUAUAAACAAGUUGCAAAUGUGCCUGCGAUGAAUUUUUUGACUCCUGUGCCACCUCGAAACCUGAGUUCCCAUUCCGAAGAAAGCCGCGGCGAGAUGGUGAAAUCUGUGUCAACUGGUACGACGGUGAGACCGACGGCACCGCCUAACCAUGAUGUAAUUGUGCAUUCGGUAAAAUACGGCGAUACGCUCUCGGCUAUAGGAGUGAAGUAUGGUGUUCCCUACCCGAAGAUCGUUAAGGAUAACAACAUUAUCGAUAUGAACAAGGUUCCUGUGGGAACCGAGCUGAAGAUUAUACGCAGCAACGGCUCAGAGAAAGGGAAUGCACUGUCUGCUCAAACCUUGACAAAAGAUGCGGCUGCGAAACCGGUUGAAGCCGUCGAUCCGGCGGUUACCAUCCACACUAUUCAAUACGGCGACACUUUAUCCGCCAUAGGCGUGAAGUAUGGUGUUCCGUAUAUGAAGAUUGCCAGGGAUAACAAUAUUGCCAAUCCAAACAGUGUGCCUGUGGGCAAACAACUGAAAAUCAUACGUAACAACGGUCUGGAAAAAGCAGAGACACAGACUGGGUGCAUCGAGUUCGAGAAUUACGAGUACAUUGUGAAAUACGGAGACACGCUGUCCGAGCUCGGAGUAAGGUUCCACGUGCCAUAUAAGACCAUCGCUCAAGACAACGGAAUAAGUGAUCCGAACAAAAUCUAUGUUGGAAUGAAGCUCAAAAUUAGACGCGUGGAAAAAACUGACCUUGGAUAAUUCGUUAUGAGUGCAAACUGCCCAUAUAAUAUAAAUACUAGUAAUGUUUGACAGAAUAUUUUUAUUCUAGUGUUUCGUAGUUAUUUACUGAUGAGCGAUACAAAAUACAUGUCUUAAUUAACCCGAUUUUUUUUCUAGUUUUACCUCAGUUUGAUCGAUUAAAAUUUUGAAUUUUUUUUUAAAUUCGUUAUUCGUUAUGCGCAAAGUAAGCAAUACAGUUAUACACUAAUGUGAUCUGCACUCCAUAAUUUAACCGUACUCACUCAUGCAUUUGCUGGACAAUGGAUAACCGUGAAAGGUCAACAUGAUGUACCGCCAGUACCGGUAGUAGAUUUUCUUAUUUAACGCCAAAGCCAGCGUAUCAUAAUCAGGGCGACAACUGCAACAAUGAUCCCUGCAA